GACCCCCGUGACACUGUACCGCGGGAAAUUCAGUACCGCGCGAACGAGCGUUUUCUUAUUUGGAUUAUAAACAUCAACAGAACAACAUCUAACGCCUGAAACCUUAAUGUUAGUGGACGCUCCUGAUACAGCCGACGUAACAAAAUGUCAAAGAAGAAAGGACUAAGUCUGGAGGAGAAGAGAACUCGCAUGAUGGAGAUUUUCUUCGAAACGAAAGAUGUGUUUCAGCUGAAAGACAUAGAGAAGAUCGCCCCUAAGACGAAGGGCAUAGCUCCCAUGACUGUGAAGGAUGUGCUGCAGAGUUUGGUGGAUGACAACAUGGUGGACUGUGAGAGAGUGGGUACAUCAAACUACUACUGGGCCUUUCCCAGCAAGGCCCUGCACGCUCGCAAGCACAAACUGGAGGAGCUGCAAACACAGAGUUCUCAAGCAAAGCAGCGGAAAAUAUCUGUACAGAAAGCGGUUGAAAAAGCUAAAGUGGGACGUCAAGAUACAAAGGAGAGAAGCUCUUUGCUGAAGGAGUUGAAUGCUCUGAGAGAGGAACGAACUCGGCUCCAGGCUGAAUUGGAGAAAUACAGGGAAUGUGACCCAGAAGUCGUUGAGGAGAUGAGAAAGUCAAAUGUUAUUGCAAAAGAGGCCGUUUCCAGGUGGACAGACAAUAUUUUCUCCAUCAAGUCAUGGACAAAGAAGAAGUUCUCCUUUGAUGACAGCCGCAUUAAUAAAGCCUUUGGGAUCCCUGAGGACUUUGACUACAUGGACUGACGGCCAGCUUUUCUUCUCUAGUUCAUUGUCGCAGUAAGAGGAAAAAUAAGAGUUUAAGCUUCAGUUUGAGGGCAGUAAACCAGGUCUCAGCAGUGCUAAUUUAUGUCCUUUGUGUUAGACCAGGAUUCAUGACCUGUGGUGGGCUUUGAAUAAGGGCCGAUAUCAGCCAGAUGGACUUUAUCAGCGGGUGUGUUGCUUCGGUGCAACCGGAGAAGAGAAGCACCAACCAGUCGUGGAUGUGAGGGGUUAGGGGGUUCUGUGAUAAACACAACCUUGCAGCCUGACUUUUGGGACACCUGUUUGCAUGAAAACUGAGAACUCCAAGUUGAUGAUGGAAAGGAAUCAACACUUAACACAUCUGUGCAGCCAAUGAUUUAAUUUGUAUGGUUUAAACAGAUGGUUUGGAAUCAAAUGCCUUUGCACUUUUUUCUUAUGUUUUCCCUGUUUCACUUUUGCUGGGGGGGGGGGGGGGGGAUGUUGCUCCUUGUGAUCAACAUUGAGUCCUCUAGAUUCAAAAAAAGUGGACUGGGUCUAAUGGGAAAAUUCAGUUACAGAGGAUAUGUUUAGGAUAUGUUAUGUAUACAAGUGCUGUAAAUAUUUAAAGUAGAUUUAAGUUUUGCAGAACCUCUUUUCUCAUGUUACAAAUAAAAUGUCCGAGUUUUUCAAGCCGUUUUCUGCAGUUGUAUUCCUUCCUAAACUCAGGGUGCAGUGUACAAAUGUAUUUACACAGGGUCUCCUAUCUCUUGUGUUUUCAUUUCUUUAGAAAUUGCCACUGGAACACUGCAAAAAUCUAUCACAAAAGCUCAACUUUUUUUGCAGAUCUUCACACUCGGUUUCUGUUUGAACAAAAAAAGGAACACUGUUGUCAUGACAUGUCUAGAAGGACUAUUACCCUAGAAGGACUAUUACCCUGCUUAUUUUCCUCCCUUUUUCUCUGUCAAACCAGAUGCAAAACAGGUAGUUGUGUACUCUGCUUUUACUCAAUGAACCUAUUUGCUAUUGUGUCUGGGUUUGUUGAUUUAAAUUUCAAAUGUGCCCCAUGCUCGUCUUACUCAUCAGUUAGGUUUUCUUUCCAUUCGAUGAAUGAUAUGCAAACAUAUUGUUAGUUCUUUGUUGAUUCACGACUUGCUUUCUAUUUAUAAUGUUCCUAAUGUAAUUUUAUUUUGAUCUCUAAACCAUUGAAGAGGAACAUGUUAGUAGUAAGAAUCAGAUUUUAUGUGAAAGAUAUGUGUCCUUGUAAAUAUACAGUGGCUUACUGAUUAAAAAGUGUUGGCGGUUUCCUGUUUGUACUGCUUCCUAACACAUAAGUUCAGUUAUUUUUUACUGAUGAGGAUAACCUGCCACAAGACAAUGUGCAGACACAAAUUUCAGCGCUCUUACAUGUUGUAUAUUUAUUGUGGCAACCCUAAGCUCCUUAUUAGAAGUGCUCUAGUGACUGUAGCAACACUGAUCCAGCAAAAGAAAAAUAUUCUAAAUACCUAGCUGCAGUUUUGUUUGGUGGAGCUGACACACCCACAGAAGGGUAACCUGAGUCAAUGUUCAUGUGUGUACCUGCCCAACCUGUACUAACUAUGAUUCAUGAGUUUGACAUGCUGAAUGUCAAAGUUCUCAGUGGAGGUUGUGCAGAGUUUAAUCUCACUGUCUCUAACUUGAAGACUGCUUUUACUUGCAGCCUCUUUGGUUAAAUGUGUCUUGUCCUCAGAAGGGAUUAACAACGCAAUAAAUAUGCUGACUAAUGA